CGUGGAGUGAAAACAUUUCUUUUGUUGGUGUUCUGUAUGUUGUUUUUCCUGGCUACGGAGUUCACUGUUGGGUGUUGCUGCUCAAUAAGUUGUAAGGACAUUAAUAAUAAUAGGCACGUGGUUCAGCUAUUCUCCCCGCGUUUGGUGUAUUUCCAUGGGUUCUUGGCGGGAGGUUGGUGGACGGACAUCAAUAAGUCAGCUAAUCGACGGGUUCGUUGCUCGCAAGCGCAUAAGCCCAUUGUGACACAGGGUUUUCUUCAAUGGAAAUUGUACUCCAGGCCCGUUGUCGCGUUCUGCUUCAUGUCUUUGCAAUUAUUUUUUUUGCUCAAGGAUACUCGUGGUAAGGUGUAUCCGUAAUGCCAACGAGUGACUGUUCUUCACAUUGAAAAAGGGCCAUCAAAGUGAGGAACAGUGUAACUUUUAUUUUAGAAACCGCCCACCCGGAAAAAUCUUAUUGUGUAUUACGAAAGCGAAGGAAGGUUUCUCGUGUUUAUUAGGCAACAAAUUAAUAUUAAAUGGCACAAUUAAUGUGUUUGUGUUUCAAUUUCUGGGUUGGCUGCUGCCUUUGAAAACACGGAUCCCUGUAGCUAAGUGGAUUUGUCGAUAACAAUUACAUUGUGUCCAUUCGCAGGCGAAACCUUACGACUUGAAGUCAAGUCAGUAAUUUGGCCGGGUUUUGGUCGCCCGUGGACAGCUGAAUGUCACUCACCGUGCAUGGCCGCUGUCAGUGAUUGGCAGGUCUGCUACCAAUGCGAUAGUGUUAUCGUCCUUGCGUUGAAUUAAAGUGAUACUAAGGCUUAAAUAAUAAUAACAUUAAACAUUUGUUUUGAUUGCAGGAUACUGACAUCAUCAGAUUAUGGUGCAUCAUUAUCAAUGAGAUACAAAACUUCACUUAACGGAUAAGCAGUGAGUCAGAUCAACCAAGGAUACUUGUACAAAAGUUGUAUUCUUCUAUACAAGCUGUUUUCCUUUGACUUGUUAAACGGAAGGUCGUCACCAUGACUGGUGGACCGGGCAGCACCAAGCGCCACUACCGUCGGCUGCUGGACAAGCCCAAGGGGAUGCCAUCAUACCUGGCCCGUCCCCGCGCCACGACUCUCCACACCCCAGCUGAACUAGCCACCCUGCUUCCUAAGAAGAGAGUCAGGGGACAACAGCACUAUGCAUCUCACGCUGAAUCGGUGGCCACCAGCAAACCGCCUCCCAGAGAAUACACCAAGAUGUCCAAGAGAAGACUGUCCUCGAUGAGAUCAGAUCAGGUCCAGAUAUAUCACUAUCGGAAGGUGAUGGAGGAAUUUGAGGAGGCAGUGGAGGUCUUUCCAGAAGGCAAUGGGACAGAAGAGCAUGCGACUGCUGCGGGUGGCACUGGAGAGAAGAUGGAGACACCGACGCAGGGAGACAGGACUGAUGGGAAGUGGGCAACACCGGUGACUAGGACAAACAGCGUUAUCAGCGAGGCAAUCAAAGCCCUGGCAGACAAUGAGAGUACGGCAGCGGCUGAGGAAUCGGUGAGAAUGGUCAUGAAGAAGCUCGGCAUACGUCCUCAAUCCAGCCCGAUGUCUUACUCCCGAAGACCGCGGCCAAAGAAAAGACGCCCUCAGACAAGUGUCGGUACCUGCGCCACCAUUGCCGAGCAGCAACUGGACUCCAAUAGCAAGGUGCUGCGAACCAACUACCUGGACAUGUACAAAGCACAGCUGAAGAACCACGUCCGUCGCAUGACUUCAAAAGGUGAAAUGCCAGCGCCGUCUAUGCGCAUUGAUGACAUAUCACCACACCACGGCCACCGUGAUGAGCGACCCAAGUCGGGUCUUGACAUGAGCGUCCUCUCGCGGGCGUCCACUCCCACCAAGGCCCCUUCGCUGGCCCACAGUAAGUUUUCCUCGCCAGCCUUUUCACCCGAGUCACGUGGGAUCAGCAACAAUCCUGGUGCCAAAAUAGAAAGGCAGUCCACCCUCAUGCAACAGACUGCCUUGUCCACAUCACGCUCAACACCGAGACGUCAAAUGCGCAGGGUCAGCACGCAGAUCAUGCAUGCCACCACCUUCGACACGCUACAAGAUGAGGUGCAGAAAAUGCAAAGCUACCGCAAGUUCCGGCGGGAGUCUCUGCAGAUGGACGAUGUCGCCAACCUUCAGGACUUGGAGGACGGAGAACUGUUUGAAGAGAUGAAACACUGUCGGUACAUCAGGUGGGCCAAAGCAGACGAAGCUUUAAUCGAGGAAUCCAGUGAGAACGAACCCUUACAACACCAACUUGCGCUUCUGACCCUGAAGUACGCCCCUCAGGGCCAAUCAAAGAAAAGUCAGAACGAAAACACAUAACCAGACGAUUUAUACUUCACACAGUUAAUUAAUUGGCAGUGUUUUAAUUGGAUUAAAAUUUAUUGGAUUAAACAUCAAAUGUUUAAUAUUAAAUGAACACUUCUAGUCUUCUACUACAUGUAUGUUAUGAAUUUAGUUAGACACGGUUUUUGUGUAAAUAUCCAUAUCUAGCCGAGGUAUGUUCCUUUGCUCAGACAAUCUACAUGUACAUGUACACAAAAUAUCUUUCGAUUAUUAAAAUCAAAUAAUAAUAUAAAUGAAAGCAAUAUGUAUUUUGUUUUGCAAACAACUAGGCCUAUAAAGCCUUUUUAUUCGAACUUAUUUCAGCAGAAUGUGUAGUUUGUGUGGAUAGCAAAAUUCAUUCAAAUACUUUUGACUUACAGUCGUUAAAGGUUGCACAUGUGCAUGUUUCAAACUGUACAAUCUGAUCUGCAAAUUAUUAGUGUCAAGAAAAUCAUUUAGUUCAAAAUACUCAAUUCGCAAAAUACCCUUAAAUCCUUGACUUGCAUUGACUUAUUGGAUUAAACUUUCAGUAGUACCAAUGCGAUUUCAUAGGUUAUAACAAAUAUGGGUAAACUUUUUCUGAGGUGCAGGUCUUACUGCACGUAUUGUUUUAAUGAUUGUGCACUUUCAUCUGGAAUGUGCCAUUUUAGAAUCCAAAGACACGUUGUCCACUUGACAUGCUUAGAAAGUAAGUUUCACAUUCCACAGCCAUCUUGAAAACAGCGCCACAAUGUGACUUACUAAAGCCAGUCGAGGGGAACAAAUUUGUAAAAGAGAUACCGGUAGGUCACUGCCACAUUGCAAUUUCUGCUUGAUAUACCGACUUUUUAAUGCCAAUUUUAGAGCCUGCACUGUAACAUAAAGACUAACAACUUACACGAGGAUGUCAAGACACAAAUACGGAUCAAAAUUUAUGUAUUCUUGGCCUACAGAUUCCACCCCCCCCCCUUUUUUUGGUAGCCGAAAACUUCUUACUACAUUGUAGUUCUUACUUUUUAUUUUAUAUAAUUUUUCCCCAAUCCUGGGAUUUGUAGAGACGCCUUUUCAAAUCCAACUUAAAUUUAACAAAAACGGUUUAUUUUGACUUCCCAUACAUGUACCGGUAUGUGUGACUGCGAAUACUUGUAUUCAGUUUUGUUCACGUUUAUGUGUGAUAGUGUUGGAUUCAGCUACAUGUACAACACUUAUAUACUGUACAUGUAGGCCAUGUAUCCCGAGUGACUGGUGAUGUUUUUUGCAGUCAGUUCACAAGUAACUGGUUGAAAAUUGAAUAUUUUUUUUAAAUGCAUCACUACAUCAAGUCCAGAACUUUGGUCUGACCAGAGACCCACAACCUGGAAAGUUAAGCGCAAGAUGUAAAGGGUAACUCUGGUGACACUAUUUGUUUGCAAUUAUUUUUGGUGCUACUGUAAUUGGCGAUUUGGUCGCUGUUGGAUCCGGUUGAAAUAAAUAAAUAAAUAAAUAAUCUGAGUAGACAAUUUGAUCAAAUUUGAGUGCAUUUUACGUUUUGAACUUAAGCCACCUUUGAGAAUAUGAUUGAAAAGUACAAGGCCCUACAUGCCCUAGGUGCAUGUAUAUCUAGGGUGAUUACAAAGAUUACGUGCACAAACAGUAGAUUGUCCCUUUUUUGACAACUUUUGAGAGCCCUAGUUGGAGAGACGCAUUGCGUGAAUGUACUGGUACGCGCCCUUUCGUGUAAUUAUGUCAUCAUGCCAAUGUUUGUAUUGGACAUUCCUAACUAAAUAUUUGCAUAAUUUAUAUAACUGUAGCAAAAUGCUUCCGUCUUCAAGUUAAAUUUAUUAUCAUUGUACUUCCGGUUACACUGGAAGUAAAGGUCAAAUGGUAUGUGCCCUGGACAUGCUGGAACAAAAUAUUGCCAGUAGCAAUGUCUGAAACA